AUGUCUGCUCAAGAGUUCUUGGAUGCACUUCCAAUGUUGAAGGAGGAUGUGCUGUCGGAUCCAUCGACAAUGAAGAUGCCACCUCAGGCAAGAGAUUGGAUCAGUCGUUUGAUUGAUGCUUCGGUCGCAGGUGGAAAGAUGAACCGUGGUUUGACCGUACCAAGCACAUUGCAGUUGUUGCUCAAUAGACCAUUGACAAAGACAGAGACUCAGAAUGCUAUCGUUCUUGGAUGGGGCGUCGAGUGGCUUCAGGCAUUCUUCUUGGUGGCCGACGAUAUUAUGGACCAAUCGCUUACACGUCGUGGCCAGCCAUGCUGGUACCGCACCAAGAACCAUCUGUCCGGCGACCCCAACGCACUCGUUGGCAACAUUGCAAUCAACGACUCGCUCAUUCUCGAGUCGUGCAUCUAUAUCUUUGUCAGGAAGUACUUCAGGUCGCAGCCAUACUACGCCGAUCUCUUGGAUCUCUUUCACGACACCACAUGGCAGACCGAGUUGGGCCAGCUGCUCGACCUCACCACACAGCCCAACCGCGGUGACUUCACCCCAUUCACGCUCGACACCUACAACAGGAUCGUCAAGUACAAGACCGCCUACUACUCAUUCUACCUGCCAGUCGCAUUGGCCAUGAUCUUGGCGGGCAUCACCAACAAGAAGUCGUUCGAGUCAGCCUUGGACAUCUUGUUGCCAAUGGGCGAGUACUUCCAGAUCCAGGACGACUACUUGGACUGCUACGGCGCACCCGAGGUCAUUGGCAAGGUGGGUCGUGACAUUGAGGAGAACAAAUGCUCAUGGCUCAUUUGCCAGGCCAUCCUGAAUGGUACGCCCGAGCAGAUUGCCCAGCUCAAGACCGUGUAUGGUCGCGACAACCCCGAGGACGUAGCCGUCGUCAAGAAGAUAUUCAACGACAUCGAAAUCCCCAAGAUAUUCAAGCAGUAUGAGGACAAGUCGUUCGCUGAGCUCACCCAAGCCAUCAAGCAGUCGCACGACCUGCCUCAAGCAGUGUUCACCACCUUCCUUGGAAGGAUUUACAAGAGAAGCGUC